UUUCUUCAUUAUGUGAUAUUAAUAAUUAUCAACCAAUUUCAUGAGUAGCUCUUAUAUAAAGAGAGAUUCAAGGGUUUGGUAACAUCACACAAACAUUCAGCUUAACAAUCAUCUUAGGAAACGAAAAAAAAAGAAGAAACAACAAAUUAAAGAGCAAUUAAGAUGGCAAGCAAGUACCAUGUUCGUUCAAAUAGUUUUCCUUCUCAAUCUCAUCCAAGCUCUACAAGAAUUGAACAAGAACUCAACAAAAUCAAGACAUGGGAAGCCACAUCUACAUCUGAUUCAAUUACCAAUGGUCUUUCCAUGCUUGAAGAUUUGUAUAUCUCUUUGGAGGAUCUUCUCAAUAUGGCAUCAAUACAAAAGGUCAUUUCUCAUCAUCAAGGUGAGAAAUUUGUGGAAGAGUUGUUGGAUGGUUCAAUUAAAAUUUUGGAUAUUUGUGGCAUCACAAGAGACACCUUGUUAGAAAUUAGAGAAAAUGUUCAAUCACUUCACUCUUCUCUAAGAAGGAGAAAGGGAGAUUCAAGCAUUGAAAAAAGUGUAUCCGAAUAUAAAUUCUUCUCAAAGAAGAUGAAGAAGAAUGUCACAAAACUUAUCUCAUCUUUAAAACAUAUGGAAUGUAAAUUUGGCGCUUCCUCCCUUUUAAAUCAAGAUCAAGAUGUUGUUGCUGUGAUAAAUGUUCUUAGAGAGGUCAUUGUUAUGAACAUGUCUAUCUUUCGAUCCAUUUUGUCUUUCUUGGCUUCCAAGUCAAAGGCAACCAAAUGGUUGAAAGUGGCAAAGUUGGUGCAUAGAAAGGAAGUAUCGUGUGAAGAGAAUUUAGAGAGUUUCAAUGAAUUGCAGUGUGUAGAAGCAUCUUUGAGAACCCUUUUAAGAGAAGGUUCUGAUGCUUCCAAGAUGCGGGCAACACAUGAAAGUUUGGAGGCUUUGGAGAAUGCAGUUGAAAGGAUAGAAAAUGGUUUGGAAUGUGUGUUUAGGCGUUUGGUGAAAUCUAGAGUUUCUCUUUUGAACAUCAUGACUCAAUAGUUUGUUGGGUCUUUAUUUUCUUUCCAAAGCAUCCAAAUUUUAUGGAUCAGCAGAGGAUUUUUUUAGUCUAAUCAUUUUGUAUAGAUACAUAUACAAUUCAAUAGUAAUACAGUAGGAUGAAAUACAAUGAAAAGUUUAUUACCCU